UGUCGUUACCACAUUUGCUUUCGAAGGAUUCGAAGUGUCAGUCACUUAGGUUAUAUCCCGAACAGAACCAUGAAUCUACUGGGUAAUUUAUCUCGAUUAAUAACAUUCAAUGCGAGGCCGAUUGCGUUAACCCAGGUUCACAAAUCUCACAUCCAUUUGAGUUCCACAUUAUUUGCUUACGAGAAGCAACAAGGUUCGAAUAAAUGGGUGGAACACAACAAGACAAUAUUUCCACCACAAACGCCGGAUGAAACACCGAGACCGGCGUAUGUGUGCCAUGUGAAUAAGUACUUUAAAUACAGUCCCGAAAAGAUGUGGUACAUUGCCAUUUUAGUCCGCGGAAUGAGUGUGGACGAGGCAGUUCGCCAAUUGUCUUUUGUCGACAAGAAAGGUUCAGAUUUUGCCAAGGAAACGAUUUUGGAAGCUCAGAAAAUGGCUGUGGAACGGCAUAACGUUGAAUACAAAACCAAUUUGUGGGUCGCUGAAUCAUUUGUUGGUAAAGGCAAAGCCAUCAAAGGCGUACGCAGACAUGCAAGGAGACGGUUUGGCGAAGUUGAAUACAAGUAUUGCCAUUAUUAUGUCAGACUUGAAGAGGGAACACCACCAGUUGACUACUACAACAAAAGUGUGACACCCAGCCAACAGCUCGAGAAAUAUAUGAAACAAAUGCGAUGUAGAAAAGUUCCGAACACAUUGUAGAGACACUGUCGAGGGAAACGUUAAUUAAAAUUAGUUUGUAUACAAGAGA